AUGGUCAGCGGCAGGAUGCUGCUCCUCAGCGCCUCCUGCUGGCUGCUGGUGGUUUCAGGGAGUGGUGAGAGGACGAUCGCUGAGAGGUCGGUGGAGGACGACGCCAUCGAGACGCAGGAGGAGAAAGAGCUGAUUGAAGCUCUGCAGGAAGUUCUGGAGAAGUUAAAGAGCAAACAGCUGCCGCCGUCAGAGAAGAAGCUCGGCUUACUACCUGCUUGUGACGCAGGAGAGCAGUGUGCAGUGCGUAAAGGUUCGAGGUUUGGGAAGCUGUGUGGAUGUCCAGCAGGAACCGUCUGCAACUUCAGCGUCCUCAAAUGUCUGUAAACUCUCUCUCUCUCUUCAUGUCGGUCCAAAUAAAGGCACGUUUUUCAAAACUU